AUGGCGACGUCUACCGGUCCGCACCACAAGUUCUCGCUGCAUAGCGAGCACAGCUACCUCCGGAUCGCCAUCUACUCCGAGGACGGGUCUGUGCCAGUGAGCGACGUGAAGCUGCUCAAGUUCGCCAUCGACAACACGCUCAAGUCGGCGUUCGGUGUCGUGGGGGCGUCGGCCAGCGAUUUCGACGUCAUUUCUUUCGAGAAGACGGCGGCCAAUAGCAAAGAGCCCAGCACGGCGCUGCUUCGCGUCCAGCGUGGCGGACUGGAGACUCUGCGGGGUGCCAUCACCAUGUGCACGACCCUGGACGGGAAGCUGUGCAAGCUCGAGGUGCUGCACAUGGGCGACUCGCUCAUGGACAUGGCCUCCGGGAGGUUUUUGUAG